AUGCCCAACUACGUGCGACAGAGCUCCUUGGACCUGGAUGAGAUGUUCGGCAACUAUAUCAAGAACGAAUGCAACGUCGCCAUGAUAAGAAACAUUCGUACCAAGGAGAGAAUGAACAGCGUUCAUCAUUGCGAGGACAAGGAAUGUAGCGGUAGUCCAAGCAUGAGAUGUGUCAGUGCGCUGCAAUUUUGCUGGUGCCUCGCUCCCGUGGUCGAUGAAGACAAGAAGUCACCCAUAUACGGCCAAGUCGUGAUAUGUGGGCAGCGCUUCCAGUGCAUUUCGCCCAAAGGAUGCGCUGUACAUCCAUAUCUAGCGGGCUUCAACGUCGACGUCAAGGACGCGCGCAACGGCUACCCCGCCACUGAGGUCGAAUGGAAGGUCAAGUUCGAGGCAUUCAAAGCUGAACACGAUGCAGCGUUGGCGAACAAGGCAGAGCGAGAGGAGCUGUCAAGAAAGAGGGAGGAUAUGACCGAGCAUCAACAGCGGCGCCAGCUGAAACUGCAAGACCAGGCUGCGUUCCACAAUUGCCGUGCACGAGAUUAUGCUGCAGGCCGACAGGAUGUUGGCCAUGAGAUAGGCCAUCCACCGUUGACGAUCAUCGCUGGCGAAGGACGUAAAGGACUAUCGUCGAGAGGCCAAGACAUAUCUUCGGCAGGGGACGGAGAAAACAUGGGUAUUGUAGCUGAAUCGUCUGGCUUACACAUCGCGCAUCGGGCACCAGACUAA